UGUUGUGUUUAAUUUUCAAAUGCCAAUGUUUUUUUUUCCUGUUGUUGUUGCUAAUUUUCAGUUAUUCGUAAAUCAUACCCUUCUAUACAUACAAUUUGGUUUGUUUGAGUAAUGCAGGAAUGAUAAGACUUAAGAGAUUAAUUAUUUUUCUGGGUUUUGCAUUUGGUUUUGUUGCUCAUGAAAAAUUGUACUUAAUUUGUUGAUUUUGUAUGGUAGUUAUUUGUUUUAUUAAGUUGUUUUUGUUGGAUAGUAUACUAGUGUUGAAAUAAUAUUGGGUCAUGCAGAAAUUGGAUUUAUUAUUAAUUUUUCUGUUUGUGUUUUUGGAUUUCCCAGCAUUGCUAUAUAUUAAUUUUGACCAUUUUUUUUGUAACUGUGAAAUUCAUUGGCGCCAUAUUUAAUCUACUCUUAUGGGGAUGGUGUUGUCAACGAUGAUAAUUUCGUGCCUGGAAUUUUGGUGUUUUGUGAAAGAAAUUAGAGGGAGCGGAUAUGGAAGUUAACUUUGAACCAGCACCAUUUUUUUGGAUUGAAGAAGGCAAAGAGCAAGCUUCUACUCCAAAAACAGCGAAGAAGAUCAAAAGGAAGAAGGAAUUUGUGGGUUGGGGUUCAAGGGAGUUGAUAGGAUUUCUUGAAUCAAUUGGCAAGGAUACCACUAAAGUACUCUCCCAAUAUGAUGUCAGCAAUAUCGUCAAUCAGUACGUUAAUGAGAACAAGCUUGCUCAUCCGAAAAACAAAAGGAGAGUUCUGUGCGAUGAGAGGUUGCUUUCUCUCUUUGGAAAGAAGUCCUUCUUUAGGAACAAGGUACACGAGCUUGCGGGAUCGCACUUGGCCGAGAAUCAAGAUGAUUCAGAUGAUGAUCAUUUUGGAAGCUCUGAUGAAAAUGAUGAAGGUGGUUUUUCUAUGUCUAAAAAACAGAAAACUGUGAGCUUAGACAAGAAAGUACAGCCUAAGAAGAAGGCCCCAGAAGUUUCAAAAAGCUGCUUGGCAGCUAUUGAUUCCAAUAAUGUUAAGCUCGUGUAUUUGAGAAAGAGUUUGAUACAAGAGAUUCUCAACAACUCAGAUUCAUUUGAAAGCAAAGUUGUUGGAAGCUUUGUGAGGGUAAAAUCAGAUCCACAUGACAUCUUCCAGAAAAACUCUCAUCAGCUUCAACUUGUCACAGGUGUCGUGGAAGUGGCUUCUGCUGGUGAGACAAGGUCAUCUACCCUUCUGCAAAUUUCAGGCAUGACAGAUGACAUUAGCAUACCUGAAAUUUCAGAUGAUAAUUUUUCUGAGGAAGAAAUAGAGGAUUUGCGUAACAGAGUUAAAGAUGGUUUACUGAAGCAGCCUACUGUUGGUGAACUUGAACAAAAAGCAGCUGUUCUGCAUGAAGACAUUACUAAACAUUGGCUUGCAAGAGAACUUGUGCUUCUCAAGAAGCUUAUAGAUCGUGCAAAUGAGAAGGGUUGGCGACAUAGAGUGACCGAGUACCUGGACCGCAGGAAGCUGCUUCAGUCACCGGACGAACAAUCACGCCUCUUCAGUGAGAUUCCGAGGGUGAUGCCAGAAGUAGUGAGGCCAGAAACAAUCUCUGACUGUGCUCCUGAUGAUUCACCAAAAGCUGCUGAUUGGGACUGGGAACCUUCAUCAGCUAAAGGAGAUAUGACGAAUCCAGAGGUCAAAAGUUGGGAGGAUAAUCAAGCAGCAGCGGAAAUCAGCACAAGAAGCAAUGGUGAUGCUCAUCCUUUUAGCCCUGAAGAAAGAAACCAGCUGGAAACAUAUACCUUUGCAGCAGUAAACAAUGGACAUGCUCAUUCCUUGGCACCGAAGGAAGAUGAAGCUCCUAAAACUGAAGCAAUUAGAGUAGAAACCAAUGGUGGUGAUACAGAUUUCCUUAACCUAAAUCAUGCUGUCAAUCCAAACACGGAGUUAAGGCGAGAAAGCAAUGGCCAUGUACAGCUCCCGAGCUCAAAAGAACCGGCAGGGACUCAAGUGCAGGUAAUUGACUUGAGUGAUGAUGAUGAUGAAGAGCAGGAAAUUCCUAAUGGUGGGACCGAAAUUUCCGCACCUCAUACCGAACAGUUGUUGUGGAAUUACUUAGAUCCUCAGGGCAGAGUCCAGGGACCGUUUUCCUUGGCGUCUCUAAAGCGGUGGAAUGAUUUUAACUAUUUCCCGCUCGAUUUCAAAGUCUGGAUGAGUGGUCAGAGUCCCCAGGAAGCAAUUCUGUUAAGCCAUAUUCUUCAUCAUAUAUUUCCAAAUUGAUCAAGAGUCAUGUACAUAAAUGGCUGUCAAGAGCAAUUUUUUUCAAGUGUAACUUAAUGUAAAGAUUGCACAAAGUUUUAGGUUUAGUCUAAUGUAAAAAUCUCAUUUAUUUUCUUGAUAAUUGGGUUAUUAGGCUGAUCACUGAUGUGUCGCCUUCAUUUUUAUUUUACAUCUCAUAAUGCUAGACUACAUUUCAAUAUUUCAUGAUAUGAAAUAGAACAAGUGGUUGUUCUUUUUUGCA